UUCUUGCCGUGAUGUCAUGCACCUGCCAGUCUCUGUCUCUCACAAGUCCACACUGAGGGAUCAACACGGUUCAUUUAUGUUAGCUUGCACUAUGGUGUUAGAAUGGCUCAAGCAGUUCCAAACGUCUGAGCUCAAGUGGAUGGGUUGAGUCAGCCCUUCUAGUCGCUAUAAGACCGUUUUCGGGAAUAGCAGGGAUGAGACAAGCCACUCUGGGACUGAUUUCAAGUUGGCCGGUCAGUGAUAAGGCUGUGUCGAGAAAGGACAGAGUGAGAAAGUGUCUCUAUGAUGUUGGACUGAGAGACCGCAGCUCCCGCAGGCCACUUGCAAGGACAUGUUUUUCACAGAACAUCAUCUCUUAUAGAAGACUUAACUCAAGUCUGAUCCCAACUUGACCACCACUGGUUAUGAAAACCUGCAUCCUCAUAGUAAAUCGGCAGGAGGCAAGAUGUUUGUGGAGUCUGUUGUCAGAUGGGGGGCAUGGAGCAUCUUGCUCCAGUGUGGAUUAUUGGGCGUGUCAGCAGGGGACUUCCCCUGGCCUUGCCCUGCCAGGUGUGUGUGUCGGCUUGAGACUUUAGAAGUUAACUGCUCUGACAAGCAGCUGACUUCUGUGUCUGAGGGCUUCGCUAGUGGCACCCAGCGCAUCAACUUAUCUCGUAACAAGCUGAAGACGCUGGGUCGUCGCCAGUUCUUUGGCAUGACCCAGCUAGAGGAUCUGGACAUUAGUGACAAUCACAUUGCCAUGAUUGAAGUGGAGGCUUUCCAGGGCCUGCAGAACCUCAAGACCCUGUGCAUUAGGAGCAAUCGCCUGAAGAUCAUCUCUGUGGGGGUCUUCUCCGGACUGCCCAGCCUGCGCUUCCUGGACCUGAGUGAGAACGAGAUCCUGGUCUUUCUGGACUUUACUUUCCGUGAGUUGGUGAGCCUUCACCAGCUGGAGGCUGGGGAGAAUGACCUGGUGUUUAUCUCCCAGCGGGCCUUUACCGGCCUGCAGAACCUGCAGGAGCUCAAUCUGGACCGCAGCAACCUGACCUCCAUCCCCACCGAGGCACUAUCCCAGCUCCAGAGCCUGACUCGGCUGCGCAUGAUCCGCCUCACCAUCUCGGCGCUGCCCAACAAUGCCUUCCGCCGCCUGCAUCGGCUGCGUAGCCUCGUCAUCUCCCACUGGCCCUUGCUGGACAAGCUGGCCAGCAACAGCCUGAUUGGCCUCAACCUCACCUCGCUGGUCAUCAGCAGCUGCAAUCUCAGUGCUGUCCCAUACCAGGCACUGCGCCACCUGGUCUACCUGGGCUACCUGGACCUGUCCUACAACCCCAUCACAGCCAUCCAGGGUAACCUGCUGGGGGACCUGUUGCGGCUGCAGGAACUGCACCUGGCUGGGGGCAACCUGCUCCGCAUCGAGCCAGGGGCCUUCAGGGGGCUGGCAUACUUCCGUCUGCUCAACGUGACAUCCAACCAGCUCAGCACACUGGAGGACAGUGCCUUCCACUCGGUGGGGAAUCUGCAGGUCCUGCGGCUGGAUGGGAACCCCCUGGCCUGCGACUGCCGACUACUCUGGGUGGUCCGCCGGCGACAGCGCCUGAACUUUGACGGUCGCCAACCCACCUGCUCCACCCCAGACAUGGUGCGAGAGCGGGAAUUCCGGGACUUCUCAGAGAAAGAGCUCCCGAGACUGUUCACCUGCCGGCAGGCCCGCAUUGUAGACCGCAGGUCCCAGGAGGUCAGGGUGGAGGAGGGCACUACGGUGCUCUUCUCCUGCAAGGCAGAUGGUGACCCAAUGCCCUCCUUUACCUGGUUGUCAGCCCAGCGGAUUCCGCUCUCCACUACGGGGCGCAUCAGGGUGUUGUCCAAUGGGACUCUAGAAGUACGCUAUGCCCAGGUUCAGGACAGCGGCACAUACCAGUGCACGGCGGGCAACGCAGCUGGCAACGACAGCCUGUACGUCAGCCUCUAUGUGAAGGGUUUCCCACGUAACCGCACCAUGCCAUUUUUCACAGACGAAGGCUGGAUAGAGUCCUCACACGCUCCUACUGCCAACUCCUCUGCCCAGGUGGCCAACCAGUACCCGUUUGAUGCCAAGACACUGAUCAUCGCCACCACCAUGGGCUUCCUGUCCUUCCUCAGCUCAGUGGCUAUCUGCUUCGUCUUCAUGUUCUUCUGGAGCCAGAGCAAGGGGCAAAUCAAACACACAGCCACCAUCGACUAUGUGCCCCGUUCCUCAAUGGGGGUAGGAGGAGGAGGAGGGGGAGGGGGUGGAGGGGAUGCUGGCAAGUUCACCAUGAAGCUUAUCUAAGGUUAUGUGGGAGAGAACUUGGGACACAUUAACUGUGUCACCCCAUGAGGGUGAAGGCUCUACAAGGACACAGGGCCACGGUCUGCCUUCAGAAAGCUAGAUCCUCAGUGCACCCUUAACAUACAGAAAUUAUACAUAUCUGAUGACUUAUCAUCCUAAAUAUCUUGGAGAACAAAAAAUAAUGAACAGUGGUUGUCUAGAAGCCGGUUUAUUUAAACUCUGUUGUCAUUUUUUUUUAAAUGGUGUCAUUUUCUUUAUUCAAGUAUUUAUUCAACAUUACAAUUACAGUGCUACAAAACGAAUUUGCCGUUACUACAUGAUGACAUGAAAUAUUAUACAUGUUCAUGUGUAUAAGGAAUGCUCUUAAAGGGUCAAGGUUCGUUUCACUCAUAUCAGGUGUGCUUGGUGGAUCUGAUAUACAGAUAUAUAGUAAGUGUGGAUAUCAUGUGUCAACUUGCCAAUACAGGUCAACCAAGCAUUGCCCUCUGACCUGAGGAUAACUAUUUAAGCUUAUCCACAGAGGAUCCAUUCAGAGACUGCAUACUCACCAUUUGCUUAAGGCUCUAUGAAACUAUAAUAAUAUGCAAACACAUGAUUGUAGUUAUAUAGUUAUAAUAGAUGUAUAGAAUAUUGUACUAGGCUAUAUUCAAAUACUGUAGAUAAAUCAGUUUCACUGUACAGUAACAUUUCAUGGCUCACUUUUUGACUAGCCUCUAGUUUACGAAAAUUCAUGUUGUUUUGGGGACAGGAGUAUUAUUUAGCUAUCAGAAUAUGACAGUGUCCAGCGGGUGAUGAAAUUAUAAUCUGUACAUAAGAAUGUAUCCAAUUCCAUGUCAUAUUAUAAGCAAUCUUUUAAGCUUUAAAUCCUAUUUCCAUUCGAUUUUUUUUAUAACAAAGUAAGAUAGUUCGCACACAUCAAAUACAGAGAAUUCAAGAUAACUUUUUGCAAGUCGUUUUCUUUUUAUAUCAGUGGAAUUUCAUACUGUAUAAUUUGGUAAGAUGUUGCAGUCAGCAACGAUGCUUCAAUGAUAAUAUAACUGUAUAACAUUCAUGUAACCUCACACAGUUUAUUUUUCCUGAAUGAUUAUCGAUCACAGGGUAUUGAAAAUAUGUGCCUGAGUAAUCUUACUUGCCAUUAAAGAAACAAUGAUGAACUGUAAUGGCGAACAGUACCUUGUAAAAUUCAAUGUCAAAUGUAGGUCGUAGACAUUUCCAUGCUCUAUGUUACUUUAUGGCUGUAUCUAGUCCUGUGGAUUAGUGUCACUCAAAUAUGCCACUCUUCUUUCAUGUACACUUGUUGUGUAGGUACACACAAACCUAAAUUCCAAUACAAUGUAAAUGAUGUACACAUCUAUAGUUAAGUCUGUUUUGCUAUUUUAUUUGUAUAAUAUAAUCUUUUUGCAUUUUGAAAUGAUUAAAAACCUCCUUUAACCUG